CUCAUCUCCAAUUGGACGAAAUCAAGCACAACAUUUGAAACUCCUCAGUUCAAUCGGCUUGAUUUAUUCAACAAGGCCAAACGCUUGGAGUCCUCGUGGCAUGCAACCGUGUAGUCCUUCGGGUGUAAUUGCUAUGAUGCCGCCAUCCAAGAGUCCCAUUAUGGAAACCGCCGCCAGCGACAACAGCCAGCAGACCACAAGCAGCUCGGCCGAGGCCAAGCGCAGCUGCCCACUCAAGUUCUCCAUUGCCAAAAUAAUGGAGCCAGACAACAAGCUGCAACAGCAGCAGCAGCCACAACAGCAACAACAACAGCCCGAGCUGGAGCUCUAUGCCGACUCCGAGCGCAGCUGCAGUCCCAUUGAGGUGACUGGCGACGACGAGGAGCCCGCUGUCAACUACGACUCGGCAUUUAAAAAAUACGUUCCCGGCCACAUCAGCGCCACUGCCGCUACCACAGUCAAUCCCGCUGCCUCCUCGGCGGUGCAACAAUUUGUCAGCACGCGCCACCAGGAGCUGCUCUCGCAGUAUCCGCUGCUCUACUAUGCGCCCAAUCAGCUCAUGUGCGCCGCUGCCGCUGCACAAUACGCUGCUCUGACCGCUCAGCAGCAGUCGCUGGCCAAUGCGGCACACCUGAGCAGCUUCACCGCUUCGCUGAAUGCCACACUGCAUCAUUCGCAGUCGCUGCGCCGCAAUCUCAAUCAUCCGCUGGCAGCAGCUGCCGCCGCCGCAGCCGCCGCUGUGGCUCAAUCCGCGCAGCAGCAACCAGCGCAGUCAGCGUUGGAGAAGUCACCACUGCCAGCGCGCGCCCAUGCCCACAGCCAUGUGACGCCGCAUGUGAGUCUCAAGCGCAAGCGUUCGCCACAGUUGGAGCUACGCACGCCGCCGCCAGCUGCGUUGACGCGUGCCUCAGUCUCGGGCAGCGCCUCGUCGCUGCGUUCGCGCUCACGCUCGCCCUCACCGCAAGGCUCGCUUGAGGACGGCAGUCCGGGCAGCGCCAAUGGCGGCAAGCCCAAGACAUUCAGCUGCCUGGAAUGCGGCAAGGUCUUCAAUGCGCACUACAAUCUGACGCGGCACAUGCCCGUGCAUACGGGCGCGCGUCCGUUUGUCUGCAAGGUGUGCGGCAAGGGCUUUCGCCAGGCCUCGACGCUCUGCCGGCACAAGAUCAUCCAUACGUCGGAGAAGCCGCACAAGUGCCAGACCUGCGGCAAGGCCUUCAAUCGCAGCUCCACCUUGAACACCCACGCACGCAUCCACGCCGGCUACAAGCCCUUCGUCUGCGAAUACUGCGGCAAGGGCUUCCACCAGAAGGGCAACUACAAGAACCACAAGCUCACCCACAGCGGCGAGAAGGCCUACAAGUGCAACAUCUGCAACAAGGCCUUCCACCAGAUCUACAAUCUCACCUUCCACAUGCACACGCACAACGACAAAAAGCCGUACACGUGUCGCGUCUGCGCCAAGGGCUUCUGCCGCAACUUCGAUCUGAAGAAGCACAUGCGCAAGCUCCACGAGAUUGUCAGCGACGGACUGGACGACGAGCUGCCGCCCGCCUAUGAGCGGCGACGCGAGUACACGCGACGUGAGCCGCUCGCCGCCAGCCAGCUGACGCCGGACUCCUCCUCGGGCAGUCUGUCGCCGCCCAUUAAUGUCACCACGCCGCCGUUGUCCAGCGGCGAGAUGAGCAAUCCCGCCUGGCCACGCCAGCACUAUCCCAGCGCCAGCACUGCCAGCAGCGCCUCUGCCACGCCCAGCAGUCACUUCAGUCAAUUGCAUGCCCCAUCAUCGCAUGCGCAUCAUCAUCAUCCGCAGCAGCUGCAGGCGCCCAGCGAUUACCACGCCGGCUCCUCCUUUCUGCAGUUGACCCAUCCGCAUGCCACACAGCAGCUGGCGCAGCAGCAGCAGCCACGUCUCAGCGCCGCCGCCGCUCUGGACAGCGUGCCCUUCAUAGCCAAGGUCUUCUGACAGCGCUACUAUGCCGACAAU